AUCGACGACUGUUCCACACGGCCUGUGCGAGCGCGAAAACGUCGCAUUUCGAAACGCGAGACACACGACGAUCUGAACACCAACGCCGAGCGGAAACUUUUCGCGUUUGUAAUUUAAUGAAGAAAAUGUGAUUUUCUCCGCGUUAACGUUCCGUCGCCGUCAAAAUGUUAUGAGUGUCAUUUCGUUUUGUUUUAAUUUUUUUUUAACACGUUAAUUUACAAUCAUCGUUUUGUUUUACUGACAAGUGACCAGUGUUUUUGUUUUUCAACUUUUGUUUUUGGAUUAUUUCACAUUUUAUGAUCGUUGAGAGUGAUUAAAAUUCAGACCAUCAAAUCCAGAAUAUGUCCAAACCCAUCAAGACAAAAUUGAUUGGUAAAAACGUCCUGCUUACCACAGAGUCAGUCACCCUUUCACUGAGACAAAUACGCAGGAGGAAAGGCAGUUAAUUGCCUCAACAAGAAGAAUAUUCUUACGAAAAAGGCAGCAAAGUAUUAUUAUACUCACAAACGUGGAAAAUAUUUGUGAAGGAUUUUGAGAAGAAAGAGGAGACUUAACGAACAGUUUGGGAAGAUAGUUUGUUAAAAUUACAAAAACGGCUUCCCAAACGAUCCAGCAGCGCAAAAACAUCAAACAGCUGCACCUGAACCUGUUCAAAAUACCGUCCCGCACGAUAAAGUCCCAGUUCAAGCUCGACGGCCAUAUCUUGCUGCCGGGCAGCAAGGGGCACGGGAUAUCGGGCGGCGGAGGCGGCAAAUACAAGAGGGGCGUGUUUGGUAGGGCGGCCGGCGUGGCUGUUACCCUGAAGGACUGGUGGCGAGAUGUAGGCCUCUGUCCGAAGGUUUCGAACCCUUCGGCGGGCCUUCAUCAGGGCCAGCGCAGGAGGAAAGCGGCCCAGAGAUCCAUGGGCCAGUCCUUCAGUAUGUGCAAAUUCAAUAAUUGCCGGCAAAAGAAAAGCUUGCACAUACGCAGUACUGGCGAAAACGACCGCAUGCAGCCAGAUGGAGUCAUCCUGGCACAGAACGACACAAGAAAUCAGCAACAGAUCCAGAGACACAAUGUCAACCACACGGGCUACGAUCCGAAAUACGCGGAGAUGGAGUCCUGGCUGGACGAACAUCCCGAUUUCGUUCAGGACUACUUUCUGAGGAAAGCCACCCGCCAAGUGGUCGACUCGUGGCUGGUGUCGCACGCGACGCCGACGUCGUCGAGCGUGGAGCUCGCGUCGCCGACGCACAACCAGUCGCGGGGCGGCUCCGGCGCCACCACCCCAGUGCGCAAGAUAUCGGCGCACGAGUUCGAACGCGGCGGCCUACUGAAGCCGAUGAUCAGCACGGUGGACGGUACGCCGACCUUCAUCACCGAUGCCGCCCAGUCGCAGGGCGUCAGCAACAGCCCCACGCCGGGUAGGCGGCAUCGCAGGAGCCGUCACGAGCUCAGGCAGUUGGACGAGAAGGAGCUCAUCUUCGAACUGGUGAAGGACAUCUGCAACGAGCUGGAGGUGCGAUCUCUGUGCCACAAGAUCCUCCAGAACGUGUCGAUGUUGUUGCACGCAGAUCGGGGCUCCUUGUUCCUGGUGCAGGGCGAGAAAGGCGGCGGUUGCACGCCGAUGCCCACGGGACAGACGCCCAGGGGCCGGUGUCUCGUGUCGAAGCUGUUCGACGUGUGCUCGAAGAGCACGCUCAUGGAGAUGGAGAAGAAGGACGAGAUCCGUAUACCCUGGGGCACCGGCAUCGUCGGUUACGUGGCGGAGAGCGGAGAGGCUGUGAAUAUACCGGACGCUUAUCAGGAUAAUCGAUUCAACCACGAUAUCGAUACCUUGACUGGAUACAGGACGAAAACGUUGCUGUGUAUGCCUAUUAAGGAUACGAAUGGAGAUGUGAUAGGAGUAGCGCAAGUUAUAAAUAAAGUAGGGGACCAACCGUUUACAAAACAAGACGAGGAGAUUUUCUCCAGUUACCUACAAUUCUGCGGCAUCGGCCUGAAGAACGCCCAGCUAUACGAAAAGUCGCAGUUAGAGGUGAAGAGAAACCAAGUCCUAUUGGACCUGGCCCGCAUGAUCUUUGAAGAGCAGAGCACGAUUGAACACGUCGUGUUCAGAAUUCUGACGCACACCCAAAGUCUGAUUCAGUGUCAGCGAGUGCAAGUUCUUUUAGUCCACCAAGGGUCUAAGAUAAGUUUUUCAAGGGUCUUUGACUUUGAAGCCAAUGACCUAGAUGGUGACGACGGCGAAUCAAGAACAAGUCCAUUUGAAAGCCGUUUUCCCAUUAAUGUUGGAAUCACAGGAUACGUUGCCACCACCGGUGAGACCGUGAACAUCCCUCACGCGGAGGAAGAUGGUAGAUUUGACGCAUCGGUAGACGAAGGUACCGACUUCAGACAUCGUACUAUACUCUGCAUGCCGAUCAAGAACAGCGGCGGCCAAAUAGUUGGCGUCAUACAAUUGAUUAACAAAUUCAACGAGCUACCGUUCACAAAGAACGACGAGAACUUCGUCGAGGCUUUCGCCAUUUUCUGCGGCAUGGGCAUACACAACACGCACAUGUACGAGAAAGCAGUCGUCGCGAUCGCCAAACAGAACGUCACGCUCGAGGUGCUCAGCUAUCACGCGACCGCCUCCAUGGAGGAUGCCCAGAGGCUAAGGAGUCUUAGAGUGCCUUCUUCAGCACAUUUCCGAUUGCAUCAUUUCUCCUUCGACGACAUCAACAUGAACGACGAUGAAACUUUAACUGCCUGUAUCAGAAUGUUCCUUGAUCUUGAUCUAGUCGAAAGAUUUCAUAUGGACUAUGAAGUCUUGUGCCGAUGGCUGUUAUCUGUUAAGAAGAAUUAUAGAAACGUAACUUACCAUAAUUGGAGGCACGCCUUCAACGUCGCUCAGAUGAUGUUCUCAAUUUUAACUGUAACACAAUGGUGGAAAAUAUUUGGGGAGAGUGAGUGCUUGGCUUUGAUGAUAGCUUGUCUCUGUCACGAUCUGGAUCACAGAGGCACCAAUAAUUCAUUCCAAAUAAAGGCUUCUUCGCCUUUGGCGCAGUUGUAUUCCACCUCCACCAUGGAACACCAUCACUUUGAUCAGUGUAUAAUGAUUUUAAAUUCACCGGGCAACGAAUUGUUGUCCAACAUUUCGCCAGAAGAGUAUUCCAGGAUAAUCAGGGUUUUAGAAGAGGCUAUUUUGUCGACAGACCUGGCUGUAUAUUUCAGAAAAAGGGGAGCCUUCUUCAAUGUAGUGCGCGAUGGCCCAAACUGGGCUCAAGACGAUCAUAGAGAUCUGUUGCGGGCCAUGCUGAUGACAGUUUGCGAUUUAGCUGCCAUCACUAAACCUUGGGAGGUAGAAAAACGUGUCGCUGAACUUGUAUCGUCGGAGUUCUUCGAACAAGGCGACAUGGAACGGGAAAAACUGAAUAUUGUACCAAUUGACAUAAUGAAUAGAGAAAAAGAGGAUCAACUACCAUUAAUGCAAGUUGGUUUCAUCGAUUCCAUUUGCCUUCCGAUUUACGAGUCGUUCUCUUCACUGAGCCCUCAAUUGGAACCUCUGGUAGAAGGUGUGAGGGAGAAUCGGAAAAAGUGGCUAGAAGUCGCCGCCGCCAACAGUCUAGUUACCCCAAAUCAGGAAAAUAUGGAGGACCGUGACAGCAAUGACAACGUAUCGAAACAAAACGCACUAGAUGCAAACUCGGCACCGAACACACCGGAAAAUAAUUCCAGUUCUACUGUUUCAGAAUAAGUAUAUCAAGUCUGUUCAUUAUUUGAGAUAUGAUAUCGCAAAGAAUUUAAUGGGUUGUACAUAAAUAAAAUCAGUAUAUGAUCACGUAAUUUUCUGAUUAAUAUUUAAUAGUGAAAAUUGCUGUUCUAACGAUCUUGACUAUUUUUCUUAGUUUAAUGUAUAUAAUCUGUUAAUAACUUUGAAAGGAAGACUUAAGUAACAGUACUAUUGCAAAUGAGGUAUUUAUAGAAUUAAUAUUGUUAAGUAAUAUUUUUUUAUUCUGUUCUGGUUUUACUUUCUUGAAUUACAUGAAUUUAACUUAUUUUAAAUAUAUAAAUUGCCUAUUUAAAGGCCUCUUAAAUCAAAUAACCAAAUCAAAUAAAAUUUCUUAAGAAUACUGUAGUUCACCAUGUACCAAUAUUACCACAAAAUUAGGAAACUACAACCUAGAAGUUAUUUUAAGAAAACUAGAAAAUCUAUGUAAAUAUGUUCGUUGCAUAAUUUCCCUGUAUUCCAAUUUAAAAUUUAGAUGCAAAAAGAAUUUUAUAUUUAUAAUCAUUUCCAUACAUUGUAUCUAAAGUUUUAGUUGGAAUACAGUGUAUAUAUUUAAUGGUUUAUGUAUUAAAUAUUUAUUGCAAUUUCUGAAUAAAAUCUCAGUUAUGUAGUCAAUUUUCAAAGGGACAAUGAAGGCAUUAUAAAGCAAGGCCUUGGUAGAAAAAUUGCACACUUUAAUCUUAAAUGCUACAAAGGUUUGUCUGUUUCUUAAUAUUUUUUCCUAUCUAGUGCAUUGCUAAAGAUCUCUAUCUUACACAAUAUCUUUCUGUUAUAGAUAAAAUUUGUUUUGGUUUGCAUUGUUUACAUCUCUAUAUUAUAAGAAAAAAUGUACAUAUUUUUAAUUAAUUUAUUUAUUAUGAUAGCUCUCUUUACAAAAUAUAGUACUUCUUUAAAUUAGGGUAACCAUGUCUGUUUUGUGAUAUUUUAUUAACUCCGUGAGUUUAUUCGAUAUAAAUUCAUAGAGAACCGUAUUUUUAUAUGGUAUUACUUGUUGUCCAUUUUAUUCAAAAAGUCAAUAAUAUAUUUGUAUUGACUUUUUGUAUAUUUUGGGUAAACUUUUUUAGAAAACCAAAGUGUAUUUUAUAUGAGUUGAUAUAGUAAUUUAAUUUUUAUUAAUUGAAUUUAAAAUUAGAAAUUUGUGUGAUGUUGAAGUUUUAGUUUUUAGUUAUUUAAUAUUUUAAAACCAUUAUUACUUUUUUUGUAAUAUUUAAUAUAUGUACAGUACAUGCAAAAUGUAAAUGACCACAAAUUAAUUAAUAAUAAUA